GCCGCGAUUAAGGGGGCCAGCAGGCAGCGCCCGUACACUCUAAAUAAGAGAAGGGCUGUCUGCUCUCCCUCGGUGAGCGGCGUAUCCUCCGUGUCAUCUUGCUUUCUGGCGGUUGCGUUGCUUUGUGUUUUGUUGUAUUCUGGUGUGUGUGCGGCCCUCUGUUGUCGUGAUUACUAGAGAAGAAUAGAACAGGUGUGAUUGCCACGUCAAAAGGACAGCGUUCCCUCUUCUGCCGUCUUUUGACCUAUUUGGCCCCGGCCAGCCUCCUCUUCGUUUUUCUUCUCCAGGAUUAUCACACACUUUUGCCGAAUUUUACCAACCUUUGUACUGUACCUGGCUUUCGUUUCUACCGAAAGAAGCCCUGGCACGAUAUCCCCACGCAGGAAGCAUCCGGCCCUGCAUCCCCGCCGAAAUCCGGAGACGAGACGAAGACGACCAAAAGACGAAGACGACGACUGCUACUCUGUAGAAGAAAAAAAGGCAAGAGACCCGAACUAGUCAGCUUGCAGGUCCGGCAACGCGGCAACCCGCACUACACUACCGACCACACAGAGACACACAGAUAGACGCCCGCACACCAUGAGCAAGCAGUUUGUGCUCGUCCCCCUCUACAUCUACCCGGCGCCUGGGGAGUGGGAGCCGCUCUCACAGGCAGCCGCUGCCUUUCCAGAUGCACACUUUGUAGCCGUGGUCAAUCCCGACAACGGGCCGGGCGAAGACGCCCUCCCUGACGAGAACUACAGGGAGGCGUUGGCCAAGCUUGCCAAGCACCCCAACAUCACGGUGGUUGGGUACGUGUACUGCAGCUACGGCAAGCGGGACGGCGAGGCGGUGCGCCGCGACAUUGAUGCGUAUGCAGCAUGGAACAAGACGGCCGGCCUGACGGUGAGCGGCAUCUUUAUCGACGAGGCACCAUCAGAGCCCGAGUAUGUCACGUAUAUGGCGCGACUGACGGAGCGCGCGCGCAGCCAGUGGCAGGAAGGCUUCAGAAAGCAGUGCAUUGUGGUCUACAACCCUGGAGUCGUGGUGGCCCGCGAGUUCUUUGAGCACCCAGACUAUGUGGUGGUUCUGGAGGCGUCGCAAGAGCAGUGGCAGAACCUGUUUAUCGAGCAGGAUGCCCUGAGCGCGCUGGAGGAUCGUCUGCGCUUCAAGGCGUCUGUGAUUAUCCACAGCUCGGGCACCGACGCCGCCGAUGGCGAGGGCAUGAGAGGCCUUGUGCAGCAGGCGCAGCUGCUGGGCCUCGCAGGAGUUUAUGCCACUGAUCAGCUCGAGGGUGGAUAUACACAGUGGCCGGCGGACUGGAUGGGCCUCGCCGAGGCCGUAUCCUGGUGCAAUUAGAGAGAGGGAUGAAGUUGCUCUCCGGAGCAGGCGACGGGCUGUGCAUUGCGACAUCGCCGGAUCAUGUGGGCAAGCUACAGUAGCUAGCCACUGGGCUAAUUACCAAGCAUUGACGAUCGCUGGCGUGGAGAUGCAGUUUGGUCGCCGAGAUGGCGCAGGCGACUAUCAAACCCGACUGGAGACGCACCGGUGUAUGGUGCAGAGGACACAAAAAGACCGAAAACCAUGGAAACACGGGCAGAUGGAAGGGGUGAUGAAAAAAAAAACAAAGGAUAUUCAUAUACCAUUAUAAACGAAGCAGAGAUGGACGACAGGAGGUUGCCUUGGUUUUUUGCAUUUUUACAUUCUUUAGCAGGCCUUUACUCAGCACACGCGCGAGCACGAUACGAUCGACAAGAAAAAUAAAGAAAUAUAAAGAAAUGAAAAUUAAAGAAAGAAAAAAGGUCCAUUUAAUAUUUUAUUUUACUCUUUAUUUAUUUUGCAUUAUUUUAUUAGUAUUCAUUAGCCACAUGGCUGUCUAAGACGUCGGCGAUCUUCGACUCUACGCCCUUUAGCUGACUCCCGAGCGCGACCGGUGCCGAAGCGGCAAGUUUUUGUCGUAUUUCGGGACAAUUCUGUGACUAUCAUUGCCCAUAAUUCUCAUACGAUUUGCAGUGGUCGGCUAUUGAAAGGCAGACAAAGAGAAACAGAGUCAGGCACCCCCGGACGAUGGCAUCCGCGUAAAGAAUCCGGCAGUCGAGAUGCCGAUCCGACGCGGUGCGGCGAUGUAGAGCUGAGUGCUGCGCUCGCUCAAUCGGGAUACCGUAAGAGACGGGGUGGCAUGCAAAUUGGGGAAAGAGUAGCCGCUUCACUAAAAAACAAUGCAUUCGUUUAGGUAGGCUAAUGCUAGGGUGGCAGCACAGUGAUAGACGGUCGGUCAGCGCCAAGAGCGGCCGCCGCUGUCAAAAUCAAUAGUAUGGCAUUAAUGCAGACAGGUAAUUACCAGGGCAUAAGAGCGAGGAGGUGCGUGCGAACUUACUUGUAGUUGUGCGCUAACACCGCCCGCAAACUAUUGAUUUGAGCUUGUCCAGGGUAAAGUUCCCUGUAAUUUACAG